ACACGCAUUUGAGCAGUUUGCUGCGGCUCUUUCAGCAAGAGAUGGUGGAUUUCUGUGCUAGUUCGCAAUCUCUCUAACCCUAACUUUCUUAUUACAACGACACUCAAUUUUUCUACGAUUGCGCGUGGCGUUGGUAGCGUAUUCUGCUGUUGUGUUGGGAAUUUAGUCGCGGAGAUUUGGCGUGGGUAGAGCGUGUAUCGCUGAGGCUGCAGGAUGAACGCAGUUGUAUCUGCGCCUCUCGGCGGUUUUGCCAACUGCGUUGGUGCUCGUCUCCGGACCUUGCAGACUUGCAGGGAUGGAGUUGCAUUCGGGCCUUGCGUUUGGGAGAGGCGGGAUUCGUGGCAGAGAAAAUCCUCUUCCAAGGUAGUUUGCAUGGCACACCCGAGGCGAGUGAAGAUGGUUCAGCAGCAAAUACAUAGGGAGUUAGCUGACAUGCUAUUACAUGAUACUGUGCUUCGACAGGCCAUUGUUCCUGAAUCUGGCCUAGGUGCAGAUAUGUAUUUAUCGUCUAUGGCUACCAUUACAGACGUUGAAAUUUCUAAUGACUUGCAGGUUGCUAAAGUAUUUGUUUCACUUUAUGGAGACGAAAGAGAGCAAGAGGUAGCUUUGGAAGGAUUGAAGUCAAAGGCCAAGUAUGUACGCAUGGGUUUGGGAAAGCGAAUGAGUUUACGCAUGACACCUGAUGUUCGUUUUGUGAAAGACGAAUCCUUAGAAAGAGGAAGCAGGGUGCUUGAACUUCUCGAUAAGGUCAAGAAAGACCGUGAGAGGAAAGAAAGUGGGGAUACUUCUCCAAGGCAGCCCAUUACUCCUGUGGAUGAUGAUUAUUCCGAUCUGGAUCUUGAUUUUGAAGAGAAAGAUGAUUCUCCAAUAACCCCGAGACCGAAGAAGAAGAGGUCUAAAUCAAAAGCACCUGACAAAGCUACCGCAAGAAAAGCAGUAGCAGAUGAUUAUGAUAUAGAUUGGGAUGAUGAUGAAUUUAAGGAUUUAGAUUUUAAUGACGAUGAGAACAUCAUAUACAUCAAGUAAACAAUUUUUUUCAGUGCAUAUACCUCAGGCAAAGAUGGGGUCUCGUGUGCUUAGUUUGGUCGAUAUUUACACUCUACGGAGAAAAAGACUGUUUCAUGGACCAUUGAAGGUGUAUAUUUGGCAAUUCUGCUGCUUAGUUUCAUAAUGGUAUGAACACUGAGUUGCUUUA